UAUAAAUAGGAUUGCUCCUUCCUUCUUCAAGCUUUUCCAUAUACUGCAUUGUUGUUUCCAAUACAACACUCUUAAACACAAACCCCAUUUUGCAAGAUUAAACUUUUCUGAUAUAUAUAUUUAUAUUCUUUUUCGUCCUCCAUCCACCAUGGCACCCCAUGGAGAGUCUCUGGUUAGCUCUUUCUCUAGGAAAAGCAACAUGUCAAAACCACCAAAGCUUGCAUCAGAUAACCUUCAACGAACGGUCUCGGACAUCUCUUUUGAGCUGAGCAAAGAAGAGAUGGAUGAGUUGAAGCUGCCGGCAAUAUCUGAGGUUGAGAAUGCCAAGUGUGAGUGCUGUGGGAUGUGUGAGGAGUGCACACCGGAGUACAUCGACCGUGUGCGUGAGAAGUUCAACGGGAAGUGGGUGUGUGGGUUGUGUUCUGAGGCAGUGAAAGAAGAGUUGGAGAAAAAUGGCGGAGAAAAGGAAGAAGCUUUGAGUGCACACAUGAGUGCAUGUGUUAGGUUCAACAAAUAUGGUAGGGCUUUCCCUGUUCUGUUCCAAGCACAGGCCAUGAAAGAGAUGCUCAAAAAGAACACCAUAGAUGGUAGAAGGGCCAAGUCCAUUAGCCCUAGGGACAAAGGAGGCCCUAAGAAAGGAGGAAUUGCUCGUAGUUCUAGUUGCAUUCCAGCACUUACAAGAGAGAUCAAUGAUAUCAAAAUAGCCAAUUAAUAUUACCAUGUUAAUCACUUCAGACAUAAAGUAUGUUUUGUCUGAUAUAUCUUAUGUCUGAAAUCAUCGAUUAAUAUCGAUUCAAUCCAAAACUAGUCACUGUUACAUAUAGACAGGUUAACCUAUUAUUACCCUUUAAGUUCUCUCUUGGUAUGAUUAAUCUCUUUAUUAGCAGUAGAAGCCUCUUUUUUUUUCGUGUAUUAGUGUAUAAUUUUACUGGUGCAAAGGACAUGGCUGACAACACUUGCUAGGGCUUCCAUUGAAUCUACUGUAAGUAUUAAGAACUCCAUACACGUCUCUCGUUCAUCUGGUUUGCGAAUGCUUCCAUUGCUAUCUUUCAGGACAAAGAAUGACCUUGUUAUGUCGAAGAACACCGAAGUUGACUUCUGAGGUUUUUUUGGUUUGUUUGUAACCUUUCACUCCUUCUUCAAGGGUCGUCGUUUCUUCUGAGAUUUGUUUGCAUUUCCUUAACUAGAUAGGGUUCUUCUUUCUGUUUUUGUUCAGUGGUUUUGUGUGACCUUGUCAGAUGUACUCUCUACUUGUUAUUAUUCAUAAUAAAGUGCAAUAAAUUUUACCUCAA